UUGGCGGUGACCAGAGAGGUUUGGUAGUGAUGAGAAAUAUUCCAACAACUAUACUUGUACAACCAUAGCAUAGCUGAACACCACCAACAACUGCUCCUCUACUCACUCUCACGCACUAACUAAUCACUUCUGUUUUCUCCCCUACCGACCGCACCACAAACCUCCACUUAGCACGCGGAUGGAUUUUUGUGCCACAAGGCCGAGCUCGCCGACCUACCUACCAGCAUCAUGCCGCCACCGCCGCCGACGACGACGACCCUGUGUGUCCUCGCCUUCCUCGCCGUCGCCGUCACGGGGGCGGCGGCUGGCGGCGGCACGACGACGACGCACCUCCACCUCUACAUCCACGAGACGUUGACGGGCGCCAACGCCACCGCGGCCUCCCUGGCGCCCUCCCCGCUCGCCGGCAGCAACUCCUCGUUCGGGAGCGUCGGCGCCUUCGACGACGAGCUCCGGGAGGGCUCCGACGCGGCGUCGGCGUACCUGGGCCGCGCGGAGGGCCUCCUCGUGCAGGCCGACCUGGCGAACCCGGCGGCGCUAUGGACCAUGCUCACCCUCGUGUUCACCGACGGGGACUACACGGGGAGCACGCUGGUGCUGGACGGCCGCGUCGACUUCGCCGGCGGCGGCGGCACGGCGGAGCGCGCCGUGGUGGGCGGCACGGGGAGGUUCCGGCGGGCGAGGGGGUACACGCUGAUGAGCAAGUUCGGCAACCCGACGCCAAGCACCGUCGUGUUCGAGAUGGACAUCUACGUCGCCAUGGCCUAGUUAAUUAAGCUACCCAUCUUGAGUGUAAUUAACAUGUCAUUAAGCUCGAUCGUGAUGGUUAAUCCGCUUAAUUAAUAACUAGCCGCAUCAUGCACGGUUUGUGAAUUUGUGAUAUAUAUUCAAAGUAGUAAUAAAAACUCGGACUUUUUUUCCUUUUACUUCGCUAAUCUUCUUCGAAAAAAUUACAAAGUCUUUAUAAGGACAUGUUCAAAUGUAGCUUAAGUCACGUCAAUAA